AUGAAGUUCCAACGCCCGAGACACUCUACCAAGUUCACCGCGCAGAGCAUUACGCGGGAUCGUCCCGUUUCCGGCACGAACCGCCCGCUACCCAAUCUUGCUUUACUUGUAGAUCCUUUCGCCCCCGAACUUCUUAUGUUUCAACCCACCACCAUCAUCCUCUCGUUUCCCUUGCCGUCGCCCGCGAGUCUUGGUCUCGCCAGCGCUUCUUCCUUCCUCUCUUCAAUUCUUUCGCAGGGUCCUUCAGGGGGCUCUGCUCAAAAAAACCACAACAACAUGCCCAGCACGCGGUUCGUGGACAUCGAUCCAAACGGUGAUCUCUACUUGCAGAUCUCAGACAGUGAUUGCCUAGUGCGCGUGUCGAGGCAGACGCUCGCUGCAGGCUCUCCGUACUUCGCUGCGCUCUCCGGCUGUCGCAAUGACUGGCGGGAGGCCUCGAUCAUCAACACUGGCACAUCGCUGAACCCGGCUCGACUGCCAGUCCCCGAAACAGACGAAGACGCCUUGACUGCGAUGUGUCAGAUCCUACACUCACAACAGGAUCAAGUUCGAAUCAACAACCCAAAGUCGAUCGUACGCUUGCUGGCCUUGGCAAACCACUGGAUAUGCGGCGAUGCGGUUCACGCUGCGUCGAGCGACAUCUUUCGGCAGAUGGUUGACACGGAAUCCAACGACGGCCUCGGGCUACUGGUGUACGCGGCCCACGUCAUGGACGACGCUGAGUUCUUCAGCAAGUUCACACAUCGCCUUGUUGGGUUGCAUGAUUCGAACCAGCCGAACUCAAGAAGAGUGAUCGGACGGGACGACCUCAACUUCGUCCGACAGACCCAAGGCGCGCCCGAGAUGGACAUACGAAAGUUGGACGAUGAGCUUUUCAACCGCUACGUACACAAGUCGGACCAACUCAUCUGCGCGGUCGAAAGCUGCAUGGACGAAGUCACCAAGUACCUGCAGCCACAGUUCGACCACGAGGACUCGAGGACUGGGCAAGAGUGUAGCAUCAACGCCGAUGUAGCUGCCGCAUACACUCUGGGUCUUGCACGUGUCGGUCUCUGGACCGUCCAUUACGUGAAGCACAAGCCCAUCGAGCCCAUCCGAGAGGCAAUGGCAGACUUCAAGAUUCCAACAGUCCACAAAGACCGACCUUUCUGCGGUAACCCGUUCUGGGGACACGACAAUGAAGGAGAGAAAACAAACAAUCAGCAGCUGAAUCCAAAGGCACCCGCUGCUCCUGCUGCAGAUACACUCUCCUCCACAGCCACUGCAGCACCACAUUCGUCUCCGUUGGCUCAAAGACCCGGGCCUGCGCCAUUAGCAGGCAUUCCCGCAACACCUUCUGCACAGCCUACUCAGCCAGCUACCUCGUCGCCAAACCCUCCAGCGCCGUCUCUUGCCUGGAAGCAACGCAGACUCCAGCACUGUGGCAGAAACGCCUUCGCUUGCAGCUGCAUUCGAUACGCUCGUGAAAGGACUUGCGGGUCCUACGUCGAUGGGCAGGAAUGGAAAGGUGGACCUCGUUUUACAGUCAAUUCAUAG